UAUUGCUCAGUUCUAACUCUGAGUCCGACCGGGCAACAUCUUUUCCAAUAACAAAAAUAAAAUUGAACAAAUAGAAACAAAUUCUCCACUCCACUAGAAAAAUAAAUUUAGUUCAAAAAAUAAAGUGUAACACAAAAGACAGAAGGACAGAAAGAAUGCUACCAGCCAUGUGGAAUCUCAGCUCGAAUCUGCUGGCCGACGACCCGAACGACAUGCUGUGCGAUGACGAGAAGAAUGCCAUCGCGGAUUUGAAGCGGAUCUAUGUGAAGACCAUCGAGCUGGACAGCAAGUUGCAUCGUGAGAUGUAUGAUCUGGAGGAGAAGAUGGAGGCAGAGCACAACGUCCUCUACGAUCAACGCAAGAAGGUCCUUGAUGGCAUACGUCAGAGAUACAAGGGCGGUGCACUUGCCAAGAAUGUGUCGAACUUUUGGUUGCGUGUCCUGAAGGCUUCCUACCCUGAGCCAAUCACCGAAAUGGAUUCCAAUGUCCUCUGCCACAUGAACGACAUACGCAGCAAGCUCUAUAGCCGGCCGCAGGUCAAGUUCGAGAUCUAUUUUCAUUUUGAGCCGAACGUCUACCUCAGCAACAAGUAUUUGAUCAAGACAUAUUACCUGAAUUGCGCUGUGGACUCUGAGGAGCCCAUGGCCUACAACGGCGAUGAGAUCUACAGAGUUCAGGGGUGCACCAUCAACUGGAAGUCCGAGACCCUAAGGAACAUGUACAAGGACUCCUUCUUCAAGUUCUUCAACCCUCCCGCAAUGCCCGAAGACACCGAAGAUCCCACAUUUAAGCAGAUCAAAGAAAUACUGGUGAACGAUUUCAAUGUCGGCAUCCACCUGAAGGAGCGUGUCAUACCCAAGGCCGUGUUCUUCUUCACGGGCGAGAUUAAGGACAAUCAAGGAUCGUCGACCGACACGGAAGGCAACGCCGAGGAUGAUGGGGACUCUGAUAGGGUUGGUGAUGGGGACGGGGAUGCGGAUGCGGCAUUUUCAGAUGAGGAGAAUUCUUCUCCACUGGAGGAGGCAUCACCGAACCAGUCAGAUUACGAGAAGGAACUCGAUGAUGAAAGCGAAUCAUCCGAUUCUGUGGACCUCUACAGGGACCCUGGUCUGCUCGAAACCAUACAGGAUUUCCAACGCCCGGGGAAUGCCUUGAGCCGCCUUUAAGUUUCACUUUUAAGCCACACUUCCAACAACACUUUAACACUACGAACUACACUAACUAUUUCGACUAUUUAGAUGGUAAAUGAUUUCCACACGACAAAACAAAAAAACGUAUUCCAAACCAUCUAUGCCAAAGCAUUUAUGCGUGUUUCAAAAAUUGUUUCGCACGUGGCAACAACAAUUGCUUCUCCACACACACACACACACACACACACACACACACCGCACACACACAUCAGCAAAAAGCAAUUGUUUACCACGUGAUUGAAACAGGUUUUGACACAGCUUACUGAGGCUGUUACAAUUAAAUAAAUCUUGGCAUUGUAAUUGUA